AUGUUACUGAGCCGCUAUGUUACUGGGCCACAGCAAGAUAUUACUGGGCCGCUUGAUGUUACUGGGCCACUAAAAGUAACUGUGCCGCAAUAUGUUACUGGGCCGCUUAAUUUUACUGGGCCGUUACAUGCUACUGGGCCGCUUGAUGUUACUGGGCCGUCAGAUGUUACUGGACCGCUUGAUGUUACUGGGCCGCAAGAUGUUACUGAGCCACUUUAUGUUAAUGGGCCGCUAGAUGUUACUGGACCGCUUGAUGUUACUGGGCCGCAAGAUGUUACUGAGCCACUGUAUGUUAAUGGGCCGCUAGAUGUUACUGGGCCGUCAGAUGUUACUGGGCCGCUUGAUGUUACUGGGCCGCAAGAUGUUACUGGGCCGCUAGAUGUUACUGGGCCGCUAGAUGUUACUGGGCCGUCAGAUGUUACUGGGCCGCUUGAUGUUACUGGGCCGCAAGAUGUUACUGGGCCGCUAGAUGUUAUAUACAUUUAUCUUACCAUCUUAGAUGUUACUGGGCCGCAAGAUGUUACUGGGCCGCUAGAUGUUAUAUACAUUUAUCUUACCAUCUUAGAUGUUACUGGGCCGCAAGAUGUUACUGGGCCGCUAGAUGUUAUAUACAUUUAUCUUACCAUCUUAGAUGUUACUGGGCCGCUAGAUGUUACUGGGCCGCAAGAUGUUACUGGGCAGCUAGAUGUUACUGGGCCGCUAGAUGUUAUAUACAUUUAUCUUACCAUCUUAGAUGUUACUGGGCCGCUAGAUGUUACUGGGCCGCAAGAUGUUACUGGGCAGCUAGAUGUUACUGGGCCGCUAGAUGUUAUAUACAUUUAUCUUACCAUCUAUGCCAUUGAUGAAAAGGUGAGACGCUGUGGUCUAUCGCUGUACGGCGUAUAG